AUGAUUAAGGCCGACAGGGAUCCUAUGGACAGGGAUGUCAAUCGUAUUAAUAAUACCGAUGAUUAUUAUGAUUAUCAUCAUCGGCUAAUCGGUGGUAUACAAACACACAUUAAUUAUCAUAAAUAUGUGGUUAGUAUACGUACGGCCAGUAAUAAUAGGAUUAUAUGCGGCGGUGUUAUCAUUGAUAAACAAUGGAUACUAACAUCGGGACAGUGUGUUGUCGGAUAUAGACGUAAUCCCAAUAGUCUGACGGUAUGGUCGGGUACCGAUCAAUUGAGUUCGGGCGGCGAAAAUCAAACGGUCGACAAAAUAAUUUUUACCGACGGCGCAGAUCUGGACAAACUUAGAAAUCAUGUUGAAACUAUAACAUACAAUAUAGCAUUGAUUAAAUUAAAACUAGCCAUCAAUUUAAACGGACAAACAAUUAAAUCGGUAAAACUAACGGAAAGUCGGCCUGUUUUCGGACACUAUAUUAAAUUGUUGGGUUGGGGUUCAGUUAAUCAGUCAAAUAGUGUACAAAAUAAGUUGACUGCCGGUGACAUGUAUUAUGAUAAUAAUGCUAGAAAAUGGUGCAUGGACAAUUAUCCAGUACAACAAUUUUGUCUAUACAAUCGGGUCUAUGGAGUUGGUACUUAUGACCAUGGUGGUCCAGCACUUUAUCAUAAUCCCAGAGUCAGUUUAGUUGGUAUAAUAUCAACGGGAUUUACUAAACAAAUAAAGCCAAUACAGGAGGACAGGCCAUCAGUGACUGCCUAUUAUGCUAUACUAACCGAUAUUACCGAACAUCGGGAUUGGAUUUUAAAGAAAACCGGAAUUUAA